CCACUCUGGUUAGCAAGCUAGAGAUCUACGAAGGAAAAUAGGAGCAAAGUAAUGGACAAUGAUGAGCUUCUGCCUCUCGUCGCCGGCAGGCGGAGGAGUAGAGGAACCAACACUUCGGUUCGCAAGGAAGCCCUCGAGAGGUUAAAAACAAUCCGCACCAGUGGUCGUCGUGAAAACGGCGGCUUUCAGGUUAAACUCGAGGAACCUGUUUACGAUACGAUUGACGAAGAUGAGUACGAUGCCCUAAAGGCUAAACGCCGAGAAGAAGUGAAGGGAUUUAUUGUCGACGACGAUGGUCUUGGUUAUGCUGACGAUGGUCAAGAGGAGGAUUGGACAAAACGUGGGCUUCCUGUUUCAUCUGAUGAAUCGGAUGAAGAGAGAUCGGGGAGGACGAAGAAGAAGAAGACGACAGAGAAGAAAGAUCCGCCGCCGAAAAAGCCUUCCCCUCUUAUUGCUGCGGCAGCACUAAUGGGUAAGCAACGACUCUCUAAUAUGUUUACUUCGUCGAAUUUUAAGAAUAAGGAUGAGAAAGCGAAGAACUUUUCUUGCGAUAGUAUUGUUGAUGAUGUACUUGCUGAGUUUGCUCCUGACGAGACUGAUAGGGAGAGGCGACGGAAGGCUCAUACAAAUAAGUCAAAUUCACGAUGUGCAAAUAUAAUGACACCAAUUAAGACUGAUAAGACAAUUAUUGCCAAUUUAAAUGGUGAAUCUUUGAUCUUCAAUGAUGAGAAAAUUGAGCAGGUUAUGGAGAAAGAUACCUCCAGGGUAUUGGUAAGUGAAGAACCCCUAAAUGCUUGUGAAUUUUCUCCAAAGAGAAGUGUGGAGGAGGAAAAUACUUCGAAUGAUGUUGAGAAGAAUGUAGAAUCGGCGAAGGUAGAAUCUCCAAAGAAGAAGGAAGACGGUUUUGUUCUGAAUGCCAAGAUCAAAGAGAAGACAGAUUCAGCAUUCAGUGCUACUUCUGGAUGGCAGGAAGUUCGAAAUGCAGGAAAUGCUAGCGGUGUAGAAGAUAGAGUGGAUCUACAUUCCAGCUCAAUUUCUGAAGAAAAACAAGAUUUCUUUGUAGAAUCUGAUGGGUCAAUGCCCUUUUACUUGCUUGACGCUCAUGAAGAAUUUUAUGGUGCUAACACAGGCACCAUAUAUCUCUUUGGGAAGGUCAAAACCGGAUCUACAUAUCAAAGCUGUUGUGUGGUUGUAAAGAACAUGAAGAGGUGUCUUUAUGCAAUUCCAACUUGUUCUCUCAUUCAGAAUGAAAAGGUCUUGAAGCUUGAGAAGGAUCUUGAAGAGUCAAGAAUAUCCAUGGCAGCUUUCCGCACACAGUUGCUUGAGAUUGCAUCAGAACUGAAGACUGAAGUACAAAAUCAGUUAAUCGAUUGCAAUGUUUCAAGUUUUAGCAUGACACCUGUCAAGAGGAGCUAUGCAUUUGAACGCUCUGAUAUACCUUCUGGAGAGAACUACGCCCUUAAGAUCAACUAUCCAUUCAAGUACCCACCGCUUCCUGCUGAUCUUAAGGGAGAAAAUUUUAGUGCUCUGCUUGGAACUCAUACCAGUCCUUUGGAGCUCUUUCUUAUUAAGAGGAAGAUAAUGGGACCUUCCUGGCUAUCAAUUAAGAAAUUUUCCAGCUGUCCAUCUCCUCAGCGGGUAAGCUGGUGCAAGUUUGAAGUUAUUGUUGAUUGCCCAAAAGAUGUACAAAAUUCAUCUACCACAAAGAAUACAAUGGAGAUUCCUCCUGUGGUUGUUACAGCUCUAAAUCUCAAAACUAUCCUAAAUGAGAAACAGAAUGUGAAUGAAAUUGUAUCUGCAUCAAUAAUUUGUUGCCAGAAAUCAAAGAUUGAUUCUCCUUCAUUAGCCUCUGAAUGGACAAGACCGGGCAUGAUUAGACAUUUUAGUGUCGUGAGAAAGCUUGACGGGAGCAUAUUUCCCAUGGGGUUCACUAAACACGUUGAUGAGAGAAAUACAAAAGCUCGAUCAGUUGUUAUCUGCACUGAAAGCAGUGAACGGGCCUUGUUAAACCGUUUGCUGAUUGAAUUGCACAAGCUCGAUAGUGAUGUCCUUGUGGGGCACAAUAUUUCUGGUUUUGAUCUGGACGUUCUUCUUCACAGAGCCCAGGCUUGCAGGGUGCCCAGCACCAUGUGGUCCAAAAUAGGUCGUUUGAAACGAUCAAUGAUGCCCAAACUUAAAAAAGGAAACUCAAUUUUCGGUUCUGGUGCAUCUCCAGGGAUCAUGUCUUGCAUUGCAGGAAGACUUUUAUGUGAUACAUUUUUAUGUUCGAGAGACCUGCUGAAAGAGGUCAGUUAUUCUCUGACACAAUUAGCAAAGAAUCAGCUGAACAAGGAAAGGAAAGAAAUUGCUCCACAUGAAGUUCACUUGAUGUUUCAAAGCUCAGAAUCGCUGAUGGAACUUAUUGAAUGUAACGAGACAGAUGCAUGGCUAUCAAUGGAACUCAUGUUUCAUUUGAGUGUACUGCCUCUCACUCGUCAGUUGACUAAAAUCAGUGGCAACCUCUGGGGAAAGACCCUGCAAGGUGCUAGAGCACAAAGAGUAGAAUAUCUUCUGCUGCAUGCAUUCCAUGGCAAGAAAUAUAUUCUUCCAGACAAGUUAUCAUAUCAUCCCAAGGAAGAGAAAGUACUUAAACGAAAAGUGAAAGAUGGUGCUGAAACCAAUGAAACUGAUGAUAUAAAUGUGGAUGAUGGUCAUCUGGAGAAUGACCAUGUGAAGUCUAAGAAGGGCCCGGCAUAUUCUGGUGGAUUAGUAUUGGAGCCAAAGAGAGGAUUGUAUGAUAAGUACAUUCUACUUCUGGACUUCAAUAGUUUAUAUCCGUCGAUUAUUCAGGAAUACAAUAUUUGCUUCACCACGGUUGAAAGAUCCCAAGAGGGAUCAGCUCCUAGUUUGCCAACCAGUAAAAAAUUUGGUGUUCUGCCUGAGUUAUUGAGAAAUUUGGUUGACCGGAGGAAAACUGUUAAAGCAUUGCUGAAAAAAGCAUCUGGUCUAGAGGCCCAGCAGUUUGAUAUACAACAACAAGCUCUUAAACUCACUGCAAACAGUAUGUAUGGAUGCCUAGGGUUUUCCAGUUCCAGGUUUUAUGCGAAGCCACUAGCAGAGCUCAUAACGUUGCAAGGAAGGGAGAUCCUCCAAAGUACUGUUGAUCUUGUCCAGAAUAAUUUGAACUUGGAGGUGAUAUAUGGUGAUACUGACUCAAUUAUGAUUUAUAGUGGACUUGAUGAUGUUGCUAAAGCUAGAGCAAUUUCUGAUAAGGUCAUCCAAGAGGUCAACAAAAAAUAUAGAUGCCUAGAAAUUGAUCUUGAUGGUUUGUACAAAAGGAUGUUACUGCUCAAGAAAAAGAAAUAUGCUGCAGUCAAAUUGCAGUUUAAGGAUGGGAAACCAUACGAGGUUAUUGAGCGAAAGGGGCUUGAUAUGGUUCGACGUGACUGGAGUAUGCUAUCUAAAGAACUGGGUGAUUUCUGUCUCAGUCAAAUACUUUCUGGAGGUACAUGUGAGGAUGUUGUGGAAUCAAUACACAAUGCUCUGAGGAAGGUUCAAGAGGAAAUGAGGAAUGGACAGAUAUCAUUGGAGAAGUAUGUUAUCACAAAAUCAUUAACUAAGCCUCCUGAAGCCUAUCCAGAUGCCAAAAAUCAACCUCAUGUUGAGGUUGCACUUAGACUAAAGAAAAAUGGUUACACUGCGGGAUGUUCUGCUGGUGAUACGGUUCCCUAUGUAAUUUGCUGUGAACAGGGUACUACAACUUCUGGUAACUCAGUGGGGAUCGCUCAGAGGGCAAGGCAUCCAGAUGAACUGAAGCAAGAUAAUGGAAAAUGGAUAAUUGAUAUUAAUUACUAUCUAGCACAGCAGAUUCAUCCUGUUGUAUCCCGUUUAUGUGCUUCGAUUCAGGGAACAAGCCCAGCACAUUUAGCUGAUUGUUUAGGGUUGGAUUCCUCUAAGUUCCAAGGUAGAUCAAAUGAAGCUGUCAACAAUGAUCCUUCGCCUUCGCUCAUAUGUUCAUUAGAUGAUGACGACAGAUAUAGGGAUUGUGAGCCGUUGGUUUUAUCAUGCCCAAGUUGUUCUGGUUCCUUUGAAUGUCCAACUAUAUUCAGUUCUGUAUGCUCAAUAAUCAAGCAACAAGAGCUAACAGACCCAAAGACUGAAGAAGAACCUUCCAAUAGUUUCUGGCAUAAAUUACGUUGUACCAAAUGCCCAGGUGAAGGUGAUAUGGGUAUAAUAUCUCCAGCUUCCAUAGCCAAUCAGGUCAAAAGGCAAGCAGAAGGGUUUGUCUCAACAUACUACAAAGGCUUAAUGGUGUGUGACGAUGAAACAUGCAAGUACACAACUAGAAGUCUCAACUUGCGUGUAAUUGGCGAUUCCGAAAGAGGAACUAUUUGUCCCAAUUAUCCUCUUUGUAAUGGCAGACUCACUAGAAAGUACACAGAAGCUGAUCUCUACAAGCAACUUAGUUGUUUCUGUCAUGUCUUGGACACUGCAAAUUGCAUCAACAAGGCAGAGAAGAAUAGCAAAAUCUUAAUUGAAAACGAGAUUAGAAGAAUCAAACCAUUGGUAGAUCUUGCAUUUACAACCGUCCAAAAAAUGCGUGAUAGGUGUUCUUAUGGAUGGGUGCAGAUGAAGGAUCUAAUAGUUACAAUUUGAAAUUUGAUAUCAAAUUGAACUUGAUUAGAAGAAUCAAGCCAUUGGUAGAUCUUGCAUUUACAACCGUGUAGAAAAAUGCGCGACGAUAGGUGUUCUUAUGGAUGGGUGCAAAUGAAGGAUCUAAUAGUUACAAUUUGAAAUUUGAAAUCCUUUUUUUCUUUUCAACAUGUCAUAGGGUAAUUGUACUUAGAAACCCUAAUUUCUCUAUAGUUCUUUAUGCAAUUAUUGUAUUAUUAGUAGUUGUUACAAUUAUGGAGAGAAGACAGUGACAUUAUUGUUGAUAUUAAUAUACCUCUACUACUAUAAUUAAAAUACAUUCA